UUGUAGGAUAGGUAACCUAUCCUUAACCAUUGUAAACAACAACAAUUUACAAAUUAAUUAAUGUCGGUGUGAAAAUGGUUCUACGUUAGUUUUAAAUAAAAUCCAAAGAUGCAGAGAGAAGAAAAACAGUUGGAGUCCGCCCUAGAGGCCAUAAUAAUGAGGGUUAAUGACUUAAAAACGGCAAUUGCUUCAAUGAUAAUUAAAUUGGAGUGUGAAUACGAGACUCUGAACUGGCCAAAUUUUCUUGAUAACUUUGCCAUCAUAUCUGGUCACCUCACAAGCCUUUCUAAGAUUCUUAGUCACGACAAGGCUCUAAACUUGAAACAUUAUACAGUGCUCCCGUUACAUCUUAGUCCUGAAAAGGAUGAAGAAUUGAUGAGGUUAACAGAGAAUCGAAUAUCAACUUUUGCACAUGAUUUAGUACCAGACUACUUGAGAACUAAACCCGACCCUCAAGUUGAGCAAAAAUUGUUGACUUAUGAGGCAAAAGUCAAUACUCUAAACUUUGACCAAGCUAAUGAAUUUAAUAAACAGGUACAGCAGUAUAAUAAAGUUUUAGGUAUGGUUAUUGAUGCUAUAAAUAAAAACAGGGAAGAAAUGGAAAAUGAAACUAAAAGUAGAACAACACAGAUGCAGACUAGUAGUUCUGCUGAUACACAUGCAUUGAUCAAUGCAGUUUGCAAUGGCAAAGGAUUAAAGUCUGAUGUUCAGAUGGUCCAGUCCGGUGUGAAUCCAGUCGCGAAUAAUAUGCUUGUUGGAAGACUAGCUGGACAAUCGCAAACGCCUGGACAAGGACCCAUGGUAGGACAAAUGAGUAAGGCUCCAAGUGCUAUCAAAACAAAUAUCAAGGCUGCAUCACAAAUUCAUCCUUAUGGUCGAUAACAUAAUGUUGUUACUUUAUUUAUACUUGUAUAUGUAAAAUAAAUACUAGUUUUAUUAUUUAUCACGCUACGUA